GCCCGUGGUGAGACGCUCGCGCUCUUAGCAAAAGGCUGUUCGUUAUUGUGAUUAGCCGUUAGCUUAGCGUCUGUGUUGGGCACAAACUUCAUAAAACUACGGAAACCAAACUUUUGUUUGCUUAUUUAUUUUGUCAUCUAACGGGAUGGCAAAAUUAAACUGCAUUAAACUGGAUGGAUUCAUGGCGGAAUUUGCUCAACUGGAACAGAAAAUUACAGAGCUUAAUUGUGACAAAAAUACGCUGGAGAUCAGGUUGGAGGAGUCCAACAGACUGGUGAAAUUCAAUCUAAAUAAGGAGGAGAGUCUAAUAGAUGAGAAGGAGAGCCUCCUCGUCACCGUGGACCAGCUGCAGCAGACCCUGCAGGAGCAGUGCGACCUCAGAGUGGAGAACGAGCGACUGAGGAGAGAGAUCGUGAAUCUUAAAGAAGAGAACCAAAGGACAGCAGAGGCAGGAAAGGCUGAUGUGGAGCAGCUGCUCCGUAAGAUGAGAGCAGACGAAGACGGACACCAGGGGGCGCUGGAGGCCAUGAAGCGUCAGUGCAGCAGGGAGGUGGAGGAGGCCCACAGGGUGGCGCUGGAGCAGAUGAAAGCUAAAGAUGUUGAGAUGAAGAGGCUGCUGGAGGAGAAGGACCUGGACCUGGACCAGAUGAAGAUGAGGCUGAAGGAGCAGGAGAGGGAGAGGCAGAGUGAGCUCCUCAAGCUACAGAUGGAGUUUGGUGCGAAGUUGGCUCGGGUUCAGAAUUCAGCUCAGAGGAGCCAGCAGCAGCAGCAGCUCCAUGGAUCCAACCUUCUUCCUCAGAGUGUCUUGAAGAGGAAGCUGCAGUUUUUCCAGGAGGAGAAGAAUAAAGAGAUUGCGACUCUGCGUCAGAGAAUCAAGGAGCUGGAGGAGAGCCAGCACGCCGUCAGCAGCUACAGCCACGUGAAGCGGAGGAGGUUCUAGCGGGACCGGAGGCCACGUCUGCCGGACAUGUGCACAAAACGCUCUGAAGUUUCCUGUUAACUGUGUUCGAUAGAAGAAGUUUGAGUUCAUCUUCUGGGUGCUGCAGGUGCGUGACCCUCGUUUAGAUCCUCCGUCAGCGCUCUGCUCGCAGGUGAGCGCUGCGCUCUCUGGGAGCACGUUUAAACACACGCUGCACGGCCGCAGGAGGCCGUAAUCCUAUUAGAGUGCUGCGGAGAAGGAGCAGGGAGGAAGCUGAAUGGAUCCCAGAGCCAGGACUCUAAUCCUGUUCAUGCAGUCAGUCCUUCAUCUCCCUCCAUUCAGACCAAUAAACCUUAAAAUCUACAAGCUUGGCUGGUUUCUUUUGAUCUUUGA